UCGAUAUGUGGCUGUGCUGAAAUAUAUAUCUAGCAUCCCUAGCUGCACUGCAUACAAAAGUUCGACGGGAGCAGUAAAGUAAUUAUUUGUUUAAUCCAAUAAUUAUUGACUCCAAUCAAAUUGGCGGUCUUCUGGUUGUUUUUAAUGUCCCACAGCGUGCUAAAUUCGCUGAAUCAGUGAAUAACGGAGCGGCGCUGUCGUCCAAUUUGCAUCGCCGUGUUCUUCGUCAGUGUUUGUUGUCGUCUCCUCGUUCGUCCUUAAUUUUAUUUCGUCCUUGUGCAACAAGAAGAACAAGAAGAAGCAAAAGAAAAGCCACAUUAACCUGGAGGAUCACCGCAAUACAUAGUUUCCAAAUGCUUUAAAAAUUAUUCGGCAAUAUCUAAAUAUCUAGAAAAGUAAGACAAGCAGCGAAUCAGCAACAACAAUCGAAAACACCAAACAAAAACCAAAAAACUAAGAUAAGCCGAAAGUCGAAGGAGGCUCGCAAAUUUUUACAAAUUUGCAAUACAUUUUAAGGAAGCGGAAGAGAAGAAGGGGUGUUUGUUGUGCGUCAGUGUGUGUGUGUGUGUGCGUGCGCGUGGAUUGAAGGUCCUUCGCUCACUUUUACCCCGGCGAAACGAACUACUGUUGGCCUUUUUUUGCGGCGAUAGAAGGGACCUCAAUUGGAAUGGCCCUGUUGGGAGAGCGUAGGGACAUUAGGGAGCAGCAGCAGCAGCAGCAGCAGCAGGAUUAGGAUCAGGAUUAGGAAUAGGAUCAGCAAUAAAUGCAAGCUAGCGCAAAGGACUAGAAAAGGAAGCAGCGACCAGGAUUUAGGAGCCAGGAAAUAGGAAAUACGGAAUAGCAAUCAGGAAUCAGGAAACAGGAAAAGCAGCCCAAGACAACAAAACAAAAGGAAUCCAUUGAAUAGACAAAAGACAAGAACUUGUUGUAUCAGAGAAGCGCCAAAAGAAAGGACAAUGACUACUGUGGAGGAGCCUGUCCAGGCGGUUGACACGGUCGAUCCGUGUCCUCCGGGGAUUCCCAAUCUGAAAACCGUUCUCAGCGACGAUGCCUCGAACUCAUCGGUGCUGGAGGACAUCGAUGUGAGCAACACGAGCAGCAGUAGCUCCAGUUCUAGCAGCUCCAGCUCCAGCUCUGGUUCCUGCUCUGGAUCGGGCACCGAUACGGACACCGGCAAGGGCAGCAGUAAUGUCGGCAGUCUGGAUGUGACCAGCUCUUCGAGCAUUGGCUCGGAGACCUCCAUCUCAUCGACGGGCUCCACAGCCAUUGCAGGACCAUCCGCUUUGCUAGACGAUUCGAACUCAUCCGGACUGGGCCUGGUGGUGGAUGUGGAUAGCAACGGGAGCAGCCAGGAGCUAAGCAGCCACGGCGUCACCGAGCUGGACUCGCUGGAGGACUCGUGCAGCGGCCUAAUGAUCAAGGAUGGGGAUAAGCUAUGCAAGCUGUGCAGCUUACGCCUCGUGAUGCCGCGCAUCUUGUCUUGCCUGCACGUAUUCUGUGAGGACUGCCUGCAGUCAGUGGUAUCGAAGGACACGAUGGCGGCCAGCUCGCCCAACAGCUGCUCCUCGUCUUCGUUCGAUGGCAGUGAGCACCACCACCGUCUGUCCGCUCUGCUCAUCGAGUGCCCCGUGUGCAAGCAGGAGACACCGCUGGGACCCAAGGGGAUCAAGGCACUACCCUGCGACUAUAUCGUGACCAAUAUACUGGACCUCUCCAAUUUGGAGUCCGAGCACAUUGUGUGCACGUCGUGCAAGAGCAAAGAGGAGGCCAUUUCGCGUUGCAACGACUGCGCCAACUUUCUGUGCAAUGGCUGCGAUAACGCCCAUAAGUAUAUGCGUUGCUUCGAAAAUCACCAUGUUGUGCGCAUCGAGGAUCUAACCAAGAACGUCCACGACAAGCUGAUCAUCCAUAAGCCAGUGUUCUGCCGCCAGCACGUAAGCGAGAAUCUCAAGUACUAUUGCUUCACCUGCCAGGUGCCCACGUGCAAUGAUUGCCUGCUGAGCGAUCACAAGGGCAGCGACCAUCAUUAUGAGACGGCCACGGUGGCGGAGCAGGCGGUGCGAGCCGAUCUCGAGGAAACUCUGAGUGAUACGCUCAAGAAGGCCGACUACUGCAACGAUGCGGGUAGCAAUCUGGGCAGUGCCCUCACCGAACUCCAGUCACAGCACGAUACAGUGCGGCAGCAAAUCGAGGAUGCCUACAAGUCCUACAAGCGUAUGCUAGAAUCGAUCAAGGAUCAGAUGCUUAACGAGCUGGGACGCCUGCACUCGGAACGCGAGCUAAAGAUCAUGGAUCUGAUGCAGAGCAUGGAAAACACGAUGGGAAAGCUGCAGCACGCUGCCCAGUUCGGCCAGCGGGCUGUCGAAAAGGCCAAUUCCAUUGAGUUUCUGCUGCUGAAGCCCAUCAUCAGUGCCCAGUGCUUGAAUCUCAUGGAGCAGACGCCCAAGUGCGAUGUCAACUAUCAGCUGCAGUUUGACUCGAAGCCAGAGAUGUUCGAGCAAUUCGCCAGGGAGAUGUUUGGCAAAUUUCAAACGGAUCACAUUGACUCUAGUCCCAAGAAGCUGGGGAUGACCCAGCAGCUGCAACAGCAACAGCAGCAGCAGGUGCAACAGCAACAACAUCAGCACCAGCACCAGGUGCAACAGCAACAGCAGCAUCAGCAGCAACAGCAGCAGCAGCAACAACAACAACAGGUGCAGCACCAACAGCAGCAGCAAAAGCUUCAGUUGCAGCAACAACAGCAGCAUCAACACAACUCGAACAAUUUGAUUGUCGGCCAUCGGGGCAGCUCCUCUGUCCAAGGGCGCCUGACCUCAGCUGUAUUCAGCCCCAUCUCGCUGCCCUCCUCGCUGCAGAGUUCCUUCGAUGGCGACACCAACUCGGUGAUGACCAAUUUCUCCAUGAUGGACUCGCCGCCGCAGCCAUCAUCGCAACAGCAAUUGCCAUCUGCCCAGCAGCAGUCUCAGCAGCAGCAGCAACAGCAGCAGCAGCAGCAACAGGCGGCGGUGGUGCUGCAGCAGGUGCAACAGCAGCAGAAGCACCAGCAGCACCAAGUGCAGCAGCAGCAACAGCAACAGGGGCUGCACCAGCCAACAUCGGCCCAGUCCAUGCCGCAGCAGUUGGGGCAGCUCGUUGCACCGCAGGGAAUUGUCCAGCAGGCUGGACAUGUCAAUCUCAACGCUGGUCCCGGCCCGAAUAUAUCCAUCAAUGGCCUGGGCGCCGGUGGUCCGCCACCUAGUUUUAGCAUGCUGGAAUACAACAUCUCACGACUGGCCAGCUUGACGGAAACAAUGCCAGAUACUCUCAACGAUGCACUGGCUGUUGGAGGAGGAGCAGCCGGACCCGUUCCGAAUGUUGUGGCCCAAGUGCCGGGUGGUUCGGCCGUGACUGGUGGAGCCGUUGUGGGAGCAUCGCAUGCGCAUCAACAGCAAUCGCAGGCCGUAAUGCCGGCAUCGGCGGUCACUCCCACGCAGCCAAUUACCUUGGCUGACAUCCUAUCGGGCGACCAGCGGGCGCUUAACAAUCUCCAGGCGCUGGCCAAGUUGGGACUCAACAAUAAUGAUGAUGGGCUUUUGUUAGACGGAUCCUCAACGGAAAUUGAUUUUUUAUCAGAUUUCUGCAUGCCACCGGCCACAUCGCCCAGCCUGCAGUCCCUCAAUCCAAUCGUUGGUGGCGUGGAGGACAUGGGACUCAAUAACUUCCAUGCCGUGGCUGCGCCGGGCACCACCAGUGUGGUCACCGGCCGGAACAAGGCCACUCCGAUGCAGAUCCGUUGCAAAUUCGGUUCACUGGGCACCGCCAAGGGCCAGUUUAAUUCACCCCAUGGAUUUUGCCUGGGCGUCGACGAGGAGAUCAUCGUGGCGGACACGAACAACCAUCGCAUCGAGGUCUUCGACAAGAUGGGUGCCCUUAAGUUCCAGUUCGGUGUGGCCGGCAAGGAGGAGGGCCAGCUCUGGUAUCCGCGCAAGGUGGCCGUGAUGCAUAACAAUGGCAAAUUUGUGGUUUGCGAUCGUGGAAACGAGCGUUCUCGCAUGCAAAUCUUCUCCAAGUGCGGACACUUUAUGCGCAAGAUAGCUAUCAGAUACAUUGAUAUCGUUGCUGGCUUGGCUGUCACAGCAAAGGGUCACAUCGUGGCUGUGGAUAGCGUGUCGCCCACCGUCUUUGUGAUCUCCGAGGAGGGCGAAUUGGUACGCUGGUUCGACUGCAGCGACUAUAUGCGCGAGCCCUCCGACAUCGCCAUACGAGACAACGACUUUUACGUGUGCGACUUUAAAGGCCAUUGCGUGGCCGUUUUCCAGGACGACGGCACAUUCCUCUAUCGCAUUGGCAACGAGAAGGUCACUUGCUUCCCCAAUGGCAUUGAUAUAUCGAAUGCCGGGGACGUGCUCAUCGGCGACUCGCACGGCAAUCGCUUCCACGUCGCCUGCUACUCGCGCGAGGGCGCCCUUCAGUCCGAGUUCGAGUGUCCACAUGUAAAGGUUUCCCGCUGCUGCGGACUAAAAAUCACAUCCGAGGGCUAUGUGGUUACGCUGGCAAAGAACAAUCAUCAUGUUCUAGUCCUGAACACCCUCUAUGUUCACUGAUUGCAAAUCAAAGCGCGCAACAAUCGUCCAUCAGUCGAUAUGAACAAAUAUAACUACAAAUACUCGUCGGGCAAGAUAUACGGAUGUCGACGGCAGCAGCAAUCAACAAACAGCAGCAAUAGCAACACCAUAUGCAACAGCAACAGCAACAGUAACAGCAAUAGCAACCUAAACAACUUGGCAAGGAGUCAACACACCGUACACUGCAAUGGCAACAGUCAAAUGGACAAGAUAAGCAGGAUAAGUAGCAUGAGCAACAUUUGCCUCAUCGACAGCAACAGCAACAGCAACAUCAAUCAACCACUGACUACAACAACGUCAGUCAUCUAAUAGCAAGAAUUAGGAUAAACUAAGACAUUGACACUAUCAACAGAUGCAGAUAGCAGAUGCAACUAUCCAAAUGGGCAUAUAUGUAUAAAACAAAAUGUUAUAUGUGUAUUUGGGGAAUGCUAAUAGACUAAAUACGAACGAAUAACUACGAAUACGUGAAAAUGAAAAGGUCGAGCUCCUAUUUUUUUCGUUUAUCUGUAUAUCUGUCCCCUAUCAACGUUCGAAUUCUUAAAGCUGGUCGAAUCUGCGGCUGCACCCAGUCGCUAUAUGUGCAGUGCAGUUGGAUGCAAAUGCAAUGCGUUGAAUGCGACUUGAAACACAUUUUGUUUAAACACAAGAAACACAAGAAACGUUGCCGCUGCAACCGUAUAAAACAAAUCAACAAACCAAUAACAGAUGAUAAACAAAAUGCAACAAAUACUAUUUUUGAUCUCUAAUUUAAAAACAAUUAGCGCUACUACUAAAAAAAAACAAACAUCAACAAAUGUAACAAGGAAAAACAAAACAAAAUACUUAGUGUAACGAAUAACAACAAAAAAAAAGUGGAAAAACAAGAAGAAUCGACAUGAAAACUUCGGAUAUUUUCAAAACGUUUAUAAAAACAAAAAACUCGUUUUAUAUUGUUUUUGAUUGUAUUCCUUUUUAAUUGAAUUUUUGUUCUUGUUAAAAUUGUCAUAACACACUCAGACUCACACACACACACGCCACACUCACACAAACACAACUACUUUACAUGUUACUUAUUAUCUAUAUAGACAUAUAUAUUGUUAUAUCGACCGAUUAGCUUUUUUGUGCAUACCCUUCCAGAAUCUUUUUCUAAAAAACGAAAACAAGAAAAAAAAAAACGAAACACGCAUAUAUAUAUCUACACCUAGUAUACAACAUCUAUGUAUAUCUAGCAAAAUGUGCAACUUUUGUGCACAGGUUUUUGCUAACAAAUAAGGAAGUAAACAAUUUGUUGAGGGCGUCAUCAGAGGUCGCGUACAGGCAAUAAUUAUAGAAGAAGAUGAAAUCUAAGUAGUUUAUUUCGAUUUCAAACUGAAACCAAAACACUAAGAUACAAUUUCAGAAAAUAACAAAAACUGUUUAGGUUUUUCCUUACGCUGCUUAUAUAAGGUGAUAUCUAUUUAUAUAUAAAUCUAUAUGAGUAUAUGAAAACAAAACAAAACAAAAAACAAAACAAACUAUAUAUAUCUUAAACAUAUAUGUGAAAUCCUAUGACUAUAUGACUUUGCCAUAUAAUAUACAAAGCAGGACGAGAAGCGUAGGGAGUUAGGCAUAUAGGGAUAGCGAGGGACGGAGGAUGACGGAACGAAUGGAGGCAAUACACACCACACCACACGACAGAUAUGAUACCCAGAGACCCAGAGAUCUAGAGAUUCAUAGAUCCAGAGAAUACAUUCGAUAUGUAUCAACUAAGUGCGUUCUUCACGACAGAGAUCCGACAUGAACUACAGACAAGAACUCAACAUACAAAUUAAUCUGUAAGCAAAAAAAAAAAAAACCAAACAAAACGAAUGCAGAUCGCAUUAGGCCAACAACUAUAAUAACUAAUACAUCAGAUUUGAUUAAACCUACAGAGAUGAAAUACGCGUAUCUGUUAAGUUCUUAUAUACAUUGUUAAAGAAGCAAAACACACAAAAAAAAAAAAAACAAACGAUAUUCCUUUUGCUUAUAAACAAACAACAAAUGCAAUACACAAACAAACACACUCACAUACACCACAAAACAACACCCAAAAACACUCACGAUUUAUAUAGACGAUAUAGACAACCAUUUAAGAUGAUAUAUAUAUAUAUAAAUAUAUAUAUGUGUACGGAUACAUGCAACAUUUCUUUCCCGUUGUAAUACAAUAUAAGGCUGGUUUACUCCCAAGACAUUAUUAUUUAUCUAUAUACAAAAUAACAUUUUUUAAUUGUGUGAAUUUUAUCAUGUGAGAGGCGUUAGGUAGAACAACAAGUGGCGAUUAAUUUAAACGAAGUUGGGCGAGAAAGCAAAGCGAAGCAAGCAACUUAUUUUUUAUAGGCUGUAACAACCACAUUUAUUAUAUACAUAUACAUCCACAACGUGUACAUCUACAUUAAUAUGUGACACCCACACACACACACACACAUACACCCAUACUCACCCAUACAUUAAGCAUAACAACGAAACGAAUCCUUUGUAUUGUGAAUGUCCUGUUAUUUGUUAGUUGUGUUCGAAACUAUUUUCGAUUCCUUUUUUAAAUGUUUUAAACAGCAAUAAUCUAUGUUAAUCCCAUCAUUGGCAUUUGUGUACCACAAUGCGGCGCGGAGCUAAAAACUGUUUUAAUUCUUGUCAUUUUUCUAAUUUUAAUUGCUAGUUUAAGCCUAUUUUAAACAAAAAGCGUGUUUGGUUUAUGUUAAAUGUUGAGUUGUACUAAAUACCAAGCAAAUGGACUGUGGUCGAUCGUGAAGUAUCACACCAUUUGCAUUAACCAUCAUUUACUAUUGUCAUUAUUAUAAAUUAUUAUUAUUGUUUAGUUUUUACGUUGUUACAUUGUGAGGCUACACACACAAUUCUGUUUACAUCAUUAUGGUCUAGUGUAAUCUAUAUAGAUAACAACAAACUGCGAGAGCCAAUGUGAAACGCUUCUGUUUAUGUUAUACCACUGAAAUUAUGAUCAUUUUACUAUACACAUUAUAUUUAAACACUAUGUACCCCAAAGUUGUUGAUGGUAGACGAGAGGAUCUUACAAAUGCGAAAUGAUACCAAGCAAGAGCGAAAGAGAGAGAGAGAGAGAGAGAAAGAAAAAGAGCGAGCGAGAGAGAGAGAUAGAUAGAGAGAGAGGGUAAAAAAUGCAAUUUUUUGUGAAACAAUUUGGCUGUUGAAAUAUAUAAUUUUUAAUUUAAUUACGUUUUCGCAUUUCGUUUAUUACAACUUAGGCCCCAAUACAAAUGUUAUAGAUUGUGAAUUGAAUUUACCGCGAAAUCGCCAGGAUUUCCUUUCCUUAAACCACCUGAACUUCCUUUCCAUUUUCGCAUAAAUACUUUUAAUCUUGUCGCGCUGCAUUAACUACGGAAGUAUUAAGAUGAAACAUUUUGCUAAAGACAAUGGAAACACUCAAAUGCAAAGUAUACCAAAAGAAUUGUUUUUAAUCCUAAUCGUAUUUGUAUUGUAUAUGUAUGUUUACCUUUAACUUUUUACUUGAUUGUGUUUAAUUUCGAUUUAAACUUCAUGUUUCCCAAUUGAUUGUCCUUAUCUUUGUCUUAGUCAGCAGAAUUUUCUGAAUUUCUGCGAACACCUAAUCAAGCAAAACCAAACUCGAAAACUGUUAUAGAAAUACGAAACAAAAAACAACAAAGGAAAAACAAAAUCCAAUGAAAAUACCAUUUUACAUUUGUUUAUAGUUUUUAUGGAAAGCCCUCAAAUGAAAUUGUAAUUCCACGCGCUUUUAUUUUACAAACUAAAACGAUCACAACAUAAAGAGGUUACAUUUACUAUAUUAAUUUUGUGUUUUAUUUUUAUUUCCUCUCUCUUUGUUGAAACCACAAAAUGGAAAAAGUCAAUUGUUGCUUUAACGAAAAUUAUGAAUUAUGAAUUUUAAUUUAAGUUUUAGGUUGGAUAAGCAAAUGAUAUUAUGUGAAAUUGUAUAUGAUUUUUAAAACAAAAAACAAAAAACAAACAAACAAACAACUUUUCCACACCAAACACACAAAACGAAGAAGAAAACAACAAAUUUAUUUCCUAUGGCAUACAAAUUUUAAAAAUGAAAAAACCAAAUAAACAUAAAUGUGCUUAAGUUUAAAUCAAAUUUACAAUUUAGUUGAGAUUACGCAACUUAACGACGAUAACAUUUUACUAACUACGUAUAAACUAUAGGAUUUCUAGCGAAAAUAUAUACAUACAUAUAUAUACAUAUAUAUAUUUACACACCUGUAUAUAUUUGUAUUAUGUAUACAGUUAUGUACGAUUAGCGAAUGGCCCAGAAGGGGGGCGUGGCCAGGAGAGGGGCGGUACUACCACUAGUCAGCGACAAAUACUAAUUACUAAUUAAUUAUUACCAAUUAUGAAACCCAAAUCGAAUUGAAUGGAAACGAAACCCAAGCCGAUGCAAUAGUAAUUAGCAGCACAAGGAUUGGACGCAGAUUUGGACAAAUUGCCAUGUAACAUUUAACAUUUAACAUUUAACAACUAAUACCGACUGACAAAUAUUGACCAAGGCCGCCCUCCCACCCCCUUCUCCGCCUACCCCCGCCACCCACUGCGCUCUAGUUUUCAAUGCCGAAGCUGCAUAAAAAGCAAUAAAAAAAACCACAAAUGAAAGUGAGGAAUGAGAAUUUUCUAAGUUGCCUACGCGCUGCAAAUUGUGACAAAGUGAAAGCUUUCCACCUCAACUCUAUACAUCAAUAGUUUAACAACAUUUGUAUCGAAUAUUACGAGUAUAUAUACAUUAAUUUUCGAUUCGUAUUCCCCGUACUUUAUGGUUUUACUUCACUCUAUUGCAACUCAGCGAACUCAGUAAAACGAAAGUAAAACCUGAACAACUAAUUAGGAAGUAUCCAAAUUUACACAGACAAAACAGAACACCACACAUGUUUCUCAAUCACUCGAUAUACUUGUAGUUAUUUUAAUUCCCAAUCGACACACGCAUAUUAUUAUGAUUAUUAUUAUAAUUAUGAUUAUGAAACUCUAUAUACAUACAUAUAUUGUCGAUAACUGGCGAGAUCAAAUCGAGAAAUCAAGCGAAUGAAGGACGAACCUUUUGAUAAAGAUGCUGCCAAAGAUUUUUUAUACAAUCGAUGUGGAAAAUUCGAAGAGCGGAAAAACCAUUUAGAUUUAUUACGAAAGUAGCAUAUUGAAUAUUGUCCACCUUAUUUUUACGAUAAUUAUUUGAUUAGUUCGGUCAAGUGUAUUAAUUUUGUUACUCUUUUUUUUUUGUGGUCAAAAUAAAUGAAACGAAAUGCAAACAAAAGCGAGAUAUUUUUGAGACUUUUGCUCAAAAGCCAAGCCAGUAAAUGUAAAAAAAUGUACUUGCUAUGGAUUCAGGAUUCACGAUAACCGAUAAACAAUUAACGAUUAUGUAUAUCGAAGUAUUUGAAGCUGAAUUUGUUGGCUGAUUUUGUUCCUCGAUGCGACGCUUAAACAAAACACACACACUUCGUGCGGAUGUAAGACAUAAACCACUAGACAUGCAUAUACGAUAUGCAUAUUGAACGUGCAGAUAUAUAGAUUCGAGUAUAUGUCUACAAUCAAAUGAGUCAAGGUCACGAUGGCUUAGCUAACUACACACUAAACACCACACACAACACACACACCACAACGAGCACACAACGCCUCCUGCUCCACCACCCACUCCAUCCACCCCGCCAUCAGUCACCACCCACAGGCACCUUCAAACACCUCCAAACACCUUCAAACACCUCCAAACACCUUCAAACACCCCACCCCGCCCCUCAUGGUUUGCCCAGUUCAGUAAAUCGUAAUUCGACUUGUAUCAUACUUGCAUUUAGUUCAAUUCCGAGACAAGAGCCACAAGUAACUAACAUAAAUCGAAGGUAAUGAAAGCAUGAAAUGAAAAGAAAAAAAAAAACAAAACCACAAGAGGAAAAAAAAACAACCCAAACAAACGCUUUAUACAUCAAAUUAUUUUAAUAUAAAUGUAUAACAAGACAUAUAUCUAUAUAUACAUAUACAAGCAGACAUAUACAAAACCAACAACAAAUAUAUUACGUAUUUUAGUUAAAGCGAAGUACAUUUUUUAAGGUGUCUCUGCCCCCCCAGAGAACUAAUUCAAAUAAAAGAAACUCAACCUAUAUAGACAGUCCCCAAUUCAAAAAGCGGAGACGUUCGAUGAAAACAAAAAAACAAAACAAAUUUACUAAAUUAUUUAUACAUGCGUACAUAUACUUACAUAUAUGUAAAACAAUAAUUGAUAGAAACAAAAAAAAUGAACAACAGAAAUACAAUCUAGUGUACGUCAAUUUUUUGAUGAUAUUUUUCGCCUUAUUAUAGACAAACAAAACGGAAACGAUGGGAAACCGAAAUUCGAGGUAAAGAGUUAGUUGAAACCGAGUGGAGUUAUGUAACUCGGCUUCCAGUAGGUCAAAACCAAAACCAAAACUAAAAAACAACACUUUUUAAAUCAAAGCAGAAGAAUUUUUCGGGAUUUAUUUGCGGGCGUAGAACGGAGAUCACAUGUCAAGUUGAUAAGAAAUAACAAAAAAUGAAACACUAAACGACAAGCAAUCAAUUACCAAAAAAAAAAAAAAACAAAAUGAAUUAUAUAUUAUACGGAUAAAUCAUAAAUAACAUUAAGCGAUGGAAACUGAACGAAAACCAACAGCAACCACAACCAAUAUGUAAUCAAAAGCAAGUUUACAAUACACACACGACAACUAAAACUAAAAACAAAAACUAAAAACCAAAAACAGAACACAAACAACCGAACAUUAUCAAAAAUGAAAAACAACAGAAUAAUAUUGAAGAUAAAAACAAAGAAACUGGAAACUUAAAGCAAGCAAAUCAAUUAAACACUUUUAAAAAUCGAUCUAGCAAUUCGACAAGUAAAACAUUUUACCUAAUACUAAUAGUAAAAACUAAAAACUAAACUAAACUAUUUGAUGAUUUGCCUGCUAUGAAGAGAGAAAAGCAAACAAGUUCCUCAAUUUUAUGAUUUAUGUAUUUAAACACUUUUGUUUUACGCUUAAGUUACUAUAAUUUCACUUUAGCAUCGUAGCAUUUUUGUGUAAUAACUUAACACUCACGAAACAAUUGUUGAUAAUAUUGAGUUGUGUUCAGCUUAUGUGAAUUAUGUGAACGAUAUAUUAAUAUGUAGGUAAAUUAAAAUAUAGUGAAAACCAGGGAUUGAAAAGUAAUUUAGUGUGGAAAUCUGGAAAUUUGUACGCCCCUUAUUACUUUGUAAAACUCCAGAAAUAAAAACGAGCCAAAAAGAAUUUAUGAAACAAUAUACUGAACAUUAAACCCUUGAUUUUUCUUUUAACUUCUAAGCAUUUAUAUCUCUUGCCUGAAAAAAAUCUCUGUUCAGAUAUUGCAUUUAAGUCAUCGACCAUUUAAUGCUUUUCGCUUGAUCUUAAUGUUUAGAAAAUAUGUAGAUUCCCAAACCAAAAAAAAAAAAAAAAUGUCAAAAAAACCAAAAGAGAGGCUAACAAUGUAAAAAAAACUCCCUGGUCGAGUUGUUGUGUUAAAUUUGCGUACAUAUCACUGGGAAUUAUUUACACUAUGCUACCAAAAAACCAAACAAACGAACGAACGAAAAAACAAACAAAAAAAAAAAACCAAAAACAAAAUGAGAAAUGUGAAUUUUUUGCAUAAUGUUUACACACUGUGCCGGAUAUUUAUACACCAUAAUGGGGAUUGGUUUUUCGAUUUCGGUUUUACACACCACCAAUAUGGUUUUCUUCGAUCGAUUGUUGCUCACCAUUUUUUUUUGUCAGUGUAUGUUCGGUGCGUGCGAAUGGGAGUGUAGUGUUUUUGAAUAUAUUAUUACUAAGCGCAUAUGUCUUAUAGAGGAAACAUCACACAGAAACUAAAACUAUAGUGCCAUGAUUCAUGAUAGACAAUUGAAAAACGAUAAGGAUAGUAAGGAUGAAUUGUUUAUUGAUGUGCUGUAACAUUUAGUGAGUCCUUUUUUGACAACCAAACCAAACAAAACCAAGUAAUGGAUACAAAAAUUAUAUACAUGCAUAUUUACUAGUUUAUAGCGAACCAAAAACCAAAACCAAGUUAGUAACAACAAAUUGCAAUACAAAACGAAAAUGAUAACGAAUAAAAGCUUUUCGUGUUUGGGCCAGAUGGAAGCUAGGAUCGCGAAUAUGAUCGGGAUGUGAGAAGGAGCUAAGCGGCAGGAUACCAUAUGAAAACAGAAGCAAUUAGAAAGCUUUUAUUUUUCUAGAAUUUUAAAACCGAAAAACCAAAACCAAAACCAAAAGCCGAACAGCUAGGAAACCAGAAACUAAAGCUAAUGAACAUGAAAAACCAACUUCCUAAUUUCUCUCAGCGCAAACGAAACCAAACAACUUAAAUUAACAAACUAACACUAACUAGUAGCGAAAAACAAGAUGGCAUUGUGGGUAUAUAUCGAUAUAUCCGAUAUAUCCGAUAUAAGUACUAGUCUUAGAACCAUAGAGCAAUAAAAAACAUAGCAAGUAAUGCCGAUUCAAAAUAAAUUGUCUCUGGGGUUGUUCAAAAAAAAAAAAAUAGUAAGGAUGCGUUCAGCAAGCCGACGAGAAAUGCAAAUGAAACCAACAUUUUUAUGUGUAGCGAAUAUUAUGGAAAACAAAAUUUACACAAUUAACAAUAAACAACACAAUUAUACAUAGCUCGAUAAUAAUAACAAAUUAUAUAUAUAUACAUGUAUAUUCGAAUUAAGAUAUGACCAAAACAAAAAAAAAACCAAUAGAAACCGAAAACUUUUCCGCGCCUUGGCAAAUUUUUAAGUAACAUAUAUAUACAUAUAUAUAUAUACAUAUAUAUAUAUUAGUGUAUAGAUACCAAUUUAGAGGGCAGGAGUAUCCAGAUCGGAGCGAGCUACACUGCAAGAAACUUUGCCACACCACUAAGACAGAUAAACCAGACAACGAGGUGUGCUAGCAAAACCCAAUCCCAAAAGCAAAUACGCAUAGAUUAUCCAGUCCCCAUAGAGAACAAAUAAUCGACAUUUCAAGCAAACGUAAUGCAAAACCCAAUAAACAAAUUCCCUGUGUUGUCAAAUGGCUUUAAACAAAAAUGCGAUUGCGAAUGAUGCAAAUGAAUAAUGCGAAUAAACAAUGUAAAAUGAUUAGUGGAAAACCCGAAAAUCAGAUACGAUUUGUAAACCAUAAGCAGAUAUUUUGUCAGCUAAGCAAAGUGUGCGAAAGAACAAAAAAACAAAAAAAUAUAGGGAAACAUUUUUGGGGUCGAGUGCAGGAACACAACAAUAUUUUUGGGCACCAAAUAUACAGUCAACUUAUUGUAUUGCAUUACGAUUACGAAUACGAUAACGAUAUUUAUACAUAUACUACCUAUAUAGGACUACGACUACGUAUGACGAUGAAAAUCAAUUGAUGAAUCGAUGAAAAGUAUGAUAUAUGAAAUAUGAUAUGAUGCAAACCCAAAACUUACAAACAUAUUACCAUUAGAAUGUUUUAUGAAUUAUAUACACCUUAUAUACAUGAUAUAUACAUGACAUAUACAUGUGUAAAUUAGCCUAAACGAUAAGAUGUUGAAUGAAUUUUAUGUGAGUUAUUUUUGAUGUUGUAUAGUUAAAAACGAAAGCAUAACAAACCAAAACAAUCUCCCUUUAAGCAACCAAAGCGAUAACAAAUUACAAUUGUUGGGCAUUUUAAUGAAACUAAAAACAUACAGAGUGCAAUACAAUAAAAAACAAAAACGACAAAAAAACAAAAAAAUUUAAGAAAAGAGCAAACUUAAGGCACAGCAAACAUUUUUUUCGAGCGGUUCGAAGCGAUAUAUAUAUAUAUAUAUGUUUACUCAAUACUACUCGUAUUCAACAAGGAUUUUUGAAUUUACUUUGAGAAUCGACGACCGACAAAACAAACAGAAAACUAAAAAAAGCUGCCUCAGAAGUAAAAAUUGAAUUAACUUAAAAUUUACUAAGCGAUUAUAUAUACACAUAUAUAUUUCAUAUGGACAGUGGGCGCCAAAAAAAGUAGCCACUGUGUAUAUAUUGCAACUCGAACAAAUGGAAUUUUACCAAGAACGCAAACCGGAAACGGGAAUGAAGUGAAAGGAAAGCGGAAGCGAAAGCGAAACUAAAGACAACACCAAAAAACAAAUGAUUUAAACAAAUUUACAAGAAACAUGUGUAUUUGUAUUCUCGUUUCUUUUGUAGGGCAGCAUUUAGUUUGUAGCACAAGGGUUAAGGACAAACACCAAUAAUGAUUAAUGCGAUUUAAUUAAACAGCAAAGUGUGAAGUUUUAAAUGAAAGCCUAUGGCAAAGGCAUAUGAAAAUGUUCCUCUAGAACCAAGCUAAUCGAAAUUGUUCGUCUAUCCACAUCUGACCGACCCUUGUGACCUUUUCAAUCGACUCUGAUUUGUGCUAGGCAAACUUUACACAUUUAAUAAUAUAUACACAUAUACAUACAUAUAUAGUAUUUAGCGAACGGGAUGGCGCAGAUUUAAACUAUUUACAUACUUAUAACUAUGUGAACUACAGAAACCAACUUAUACCAUUUUUGCUGACUGUACUCCUUAGGCUUUUUACACCUUUUACCAUUUUACUCGCAAACGGCAGACUAUUUAACGAACGAUAAGUAAAACUCUUGCAUGCCACACACUCAAACUCAAAACUCUAACUCAAAACUCUAACUCAAAACUCAAACUCCAACUCGAACACAACUCAGAUAUACAUACAUAUAUGUAUAUUCGGAUAUGGUAGACAAGAUAUAGACUCUGUGGCAGCACCCUAUAUACCUGCAUAUAUGGAGCCACAAGAAUAAGUUUGAAUUGUUCGGAGCAGGUGACUCCUGGAUUUAUAUAGAACCCCAACAGUCCAUCAAACCCUCGGAUAGAACCCAGCCCCCUCCCGCCUGUGAUAGUCUUGAAUCGAUGAUAUAUACAUACAUAUAUGUAACUAAUUUGUUUGAUUUUGAAAACCCCUACUUCUCACAACUAGUUUCGAUGCGCGCGUGUGUGUGUUUUGCUUUGAUAUGCUUUACAUAUAUGUACGUAUUGAAUUAUUUAUAAAAUAUACAACUUAGCGUUUACAAAUAUUAUACAAAUUUUGAGAAGCAAGCGUGGAUAGUAAAAACAAAUAUUGACAAUAUUCAUUUGUUGAGCCGUACACCCGAAAAACCUUAGACAUAUCUUUAUGUUGCUGUCAAUUUAGUUGUUUAGGCGCUUUUUCCAACAUUAGUCAAAAGGCAAAGUAGCCAAUAGCUGCAGUUUGAGCAAUUUUUUGCGCUAGUUAAAAACUAAAUUCGAAAAUUGCUAGAAAUUCAAGCAAACCCCAAACGAACAAAAAACCAACGACAUAUCCUUCUUUUUUGUUUAAUUAAUUGGCAGAAUAGUUGAAAUUGAAUGUGUUUGGCGUUAUUUGAAGCGAGAGCUGCUUGUGACCCCAAUUCCUGCGUUUGGUGACCCCGAUUUACCCGCAGCAUUGGAAUAACGAACACACACAUGCCUACACUGAGCGAACUUUUGAACCAAUUAUACAAUAAAGCAUUAUAAGAACAAAGAUAGCAUUCUAAAUGGUAACAGUACCUUUAACGAAACUCAUACGAUAGAUAACUCUGAAGUAUUGAUUUGGAUUUGGAUAUGGAUUUGGCUUUGGAUUCUGAUUUCGAUUUCGAAUUCGAUUCGAAUUACGAUUCAAUCUGCCAGCAGCAAUCUUCAUCGAAUAUCAAUUUUCGAGCUGACAAUAUUUUAUUGAAUAUUGUGCCAUGAAGCGAAUGAACUAUAUUCAAUUGAAUUUUUAGCAUUCAGCUAGCUAUCCAUCCCCCCAAAAUGAGAAAUCCUGAUUUUGUAAUUUUUUUGCAAAAAUGGUUUCAUUUAACAAUUAUAUCUACACACCAUUUUACGGCAAAAAGUAUCUACAGAUAUUUUUGUAUAUUUAACAAGCACGUGAGAAACUUCAAGAUCCCCAAAAAAAACCGAAAUUUGGUCCGAAUUUUUUCAGGCAGCAUGACAAAUGAAUUGUAUUAUCAAGGAACGACAUAUAUAUAUAUAUAAAUUAUAUAUGUAUAUAUAUACAUAAAUAGUGCGUGUAAUAACUAGAAUCACAUAAUUCCAUCCACUUUUGAUAUUUUAACAAACGAUAAAAAAAAAAACAAAACGAACAAAAAAAAAACAAGAAAAAAAUAUUUAUUAACUUGAUGAAGCAUCUUAAGUGUUUGAAUGUUGUCUUAUAAAAACUAAUACAAACAAAUUAUAUAUGAAAAUAUAUUAUAGUAUAUAUGGAUAUGUAAGUUAAGGGCGUGUCAUUCCUAAAACAACAACAACAGCAAGAAAAACCAAAAACACAAUAAGUAAGAAGCGUAUUUAAGCAGAUUGUGGGUAGAACAAACAUUUGUUUCGUUGUGCUUUUUACACGAAAAUGUUGAAAGUCCUUUCCCAAGGGUUCGUUCAAACGAGUUCGAGUUUUCGAGUUUUCGAAGGCCUGGUACAAAAGUUUCUAAACAUAGGGCUCAACCUCCAAAGGCACAGGCACUUUAGCACCCUCCAAACACUUGCCCAGUAAUAAUCGAAAACCACCCCCUUGAAAAAUGGGGAAUACUUUCUGCCUAGGACGAAGGACGAAGGAGCGGCAGAUGGGUGUCCUUCGGCCAGCUAUACACACACACACACACACUCACACCCACUCACUUGGAUAUUUAUAUAUAUACAUACGUAUGACUAUAUAAUAUAGUGGCACCAAGAAAUAUGUAAUGUCUUAUUGUAGAAAACGGUUAUUGAUAUUUACACAUCAAGAAAAGAAAAAAUGGAAGUAAGCGCGUCUAACAACAAAAACAUAUAUAUACAUAUAUAUACUUAUAUAUAUAUAUAUAUAUAUAUAUAUAUAUAUAAACUUAACUAUAUAAGAAUGCUUUAAAUUAUACUCAGAACAAAAUAUAUACAAUAUACACUUAUAUAUAUUUACGAGGAUACGAGAAACCGAAAUCAGUUAGGAACCUUUUUCUAGAAUGUUAUGUCUUCCCUUUGAAUCAAUUAAGCAAAACAACAAACAACAAAAUGAUAGAAACAAUUGAUCGAAACCGCUUGACCAAAACUAUAGUGAAAACCAAAAGCAAUUGAGAGGUAAAUCAAAGCUUCGAUGGAAAAAUGAAAAUGAAAAUAUGAACGGAAAAACCAAAGAGUUAACUUUAGCACUGCAGCAGCCAAAAAGGAAAAACAAAAAACAACCUAAGAACCUAGUAACAUUGACAAACUACAAUAAGAUGGGAAAGCUAUUGAACUCCAAUCUAAGCUAAAUAACAUAAACAAAAACCGAAUCAACUCACGCAGAACAACCUGUUUCAUCCAGCCACAAAUUUACCUAAACUAACUAAACUUGGCAACUGCAACUGAAACUAAUACAACAACCUACGGUACUUAUAGACCCUAAACUUAUCCUAUAGUUUGCAGCAACUCAACUCGAACUACCAACUACCAACUACCAACUACAAACUCAACUACAAACUCAACUCAACUCAACUCAAGACAUUAUCUAUAAGCAUCGAACCGUAUCUGGGUUCCAUUAUCAUCUGUUGAUCGUUCUGAGUUUUCAUUUUGACACGAACGAAAGCGUAAUUAUAUUUAUAGUUCGAAUUAUUAUAUCCAACUAAUGACGUAAAUAAAUUUGACAAAUUAUAUAUACACACGCACAUAUGCCUAUAUAUGUAUACAUACCUUUAAUGAGUAUAACAACAAGAACAAGAACAAGAACAUGAACAUGAAAUUGCAAAUGAAAAUGAGGAAAAUCGCAGACUACUCAGUGCAACAGAUAAGACUAGAAAUUGAUUACCUGAACCUUGAGAACAAAAGUUUGAGUUUUCAUUCUUAAUUUAACAAAGAAAAUCGAUGGGAGCGAAACCAUAACAAUUACAAUUACAAUUACAAUUACACAAGCAAUAACAAUUGACAGAAUCGAGAUACUACUUUAAUCGUAAACAGCAAUAAAAUUGAAGAAGUCAGUCAACACACAUACAUAUACUCGUACACACACACACACACAUCUAGAGAAUCCUUGCCAGAAAUCCAGAAAGUAUAAAGCCCUUACUUCCAAUCUUCUCCUUUAUAUUCAGCGAAUAGUUCAGGAAUUGCGGGGAUAUAAGAACUAUGGAGAAUUAUGUCGGUUUCCAAAUAGUUUUGAAACAUUUUUAAUUAGCUCUUAACACACUCGAAAACAUUUUCGAAAAUCAGCAAAACUAUGGCGUCCUAGAAUCUAAAGUCAAAUUGUUUGAAUAUUGUUUUUAAGUAGGAUUUUUGUGUAUUCAAAACUUUUGAAAUAUUCUAUACUAGGUUGAUUUUUUCGAGUGUAGCACCCGUAGAGUCUUUUCUUUUUGUUUGGCUUUAAUGGACCUUUUAUCCUGGUCAACUUGCUUCCCCUCCAACUUCUUUACAUGGUUGUGAACGAAAAAAAAGGGCUAACAAAUUAGACCAAUUCCUCAAUUCUUCAUUUCGAUCUCAGCCAACUCGGUCGCACUUUGAACCCUUAGACACUCUGAGAAAAUAGGAAUAACAAUUGUUAGCAAAUUCGAUUCGUGUGCCCUCCUUUAAUGUCUUGUACUUGUAACCAAUGAUCAUAAUUAUACACAUAUAUCGACUAUAUUUACAAAGCAACAAUAACCGAAACCAAUUGUAUUGUAGUGCUAAAACGGAUGUAGGAAUGCGAAACAAUUUUCCAGAACGCAGGAUAUGUCUUAGAUACUUUUGCUCAUUGGGUUCCAGAUGCGUUAGUGUAGCGGAAACCAAAUAUUUAAACAUAAAACAUAGCUAAUUGUGUGUAUUUACAUAUUAAAGUUUACAACAGCCAGCGGCAGUGGGAGAAAGUUACGAUGUCCUGUAGAAUUUUUGAAAGCGUUUUCGUAUUCAAACCAAAACACAAAUUAUGGCCUAAAUAUGAAACUAGAACAAAAUAUAUACCUAUAUGUAUACAUAUGAAUUGUACUUCAAAUUAUGUCUAAAGCAAGCAACAACAACAACAACAACAAUUACAAGUGUCUGUAUUUUUUUUAAGCAAAACCAAAAACAAAAGAAGAGAAAAAAAAACGAAAAAAAAACCCAUUGCAAUCAGGUACUGAAAUCAAAAUUUUUGUAAAUUAUAUAAAACAAAAGCAAGGAAUGGUUUUCGUCAAAGGGAUAGAGAAACAAACUAGAACAACCGAAGAUAUUAUGAUAAAUGGUUUAUAGGAACUAGCGUUCAAUCGGCGAGUGAAUAUUUGUAUUCGAUCCUUAUUCGUUUAUUCGAACAUUUCUGUAGCAUACUUAGCAGGGCAAUGAAACCCCCGCGUCCUUGGGCCAAAAAAUCACGACACAAGGAACAGAAACAAAGGCAAGGAAAUUAAAUGAAAUGAUGAAAUGGAAUGAAUAUAAGGAAAUGAAACACUCAUAUUUAAAUACGUACAGCUAUAUACUAUUACUAGUUGUAACUUUAUGUCACUAAGUAGAUGCGAAAUCGGGGGAAAAAUCGACGAAUCGGCGAAGAUGAAAAAUUGUCCAGACGUUCAACGAAACCAAAUGCAAUAUUUAAUUAUACAACAAAACUAACAUAGAACAAACAAGCGAGUAUAUGAAUAUAUAUAUUUUACAAUUGAUUUAUAUAACGUAUAAGUAAAUGCCACAUCAUUUUUCGUGUAAAGCCUAUUGAAUUGUUUGUUAAACAUUUUUUGAAACAUUUUCUUUACGAAAAACUAAGAAUGGGCAGAAAAAAAAACCAUAAAAAAACGAAAAAAAAAUCACAGCUCACACAAAGUUACGCCAAAAGAAAUGAAAACCAGAACAAAAAAAUUUAUAUACAUUUAUCGAAGGAAAAAUAUAUACAACAAAUAUAAAUUUUAGUGAUUAAUGUAAGCAAAGAACCAAAAUGAAAUAUUCAUUUUUCAAAACGCAAAUAACUCAAGUUUGGAGAAAAUGACAGCAAACAACACUACGAAAAUAGCCUUACCAUGUUUUCCAAAAAGAAAAAACUCGAUAACUUUUACAUUUUGCGUUUCAUUUUUUCCCAUUUUAUUUUAAAGUUCCAUUAUUCCAACACGAAAUUGACGAGUAACGAAAAUAUUUUUACAAAACAUUAAAAAAGUUAGAAAACCGAAUAAAUAAUGAAAAACUAAACCUAAAAUGCAUAACGCUUCCGACAAUAAGCUUUGGCCACACUAUUGUAAUAAUAAUAUUGAAAAAAAAAAACCAAAACGGUAGAAAAUGGAUAUGGAAAAUCGAAGAUGAAAUGCAGUUUCAAAAAUGAAGUUUUUGCACUUACGAACGAAUACGGAAUUACAACGCCCAAUGACAAAUUAAAGUAAAAACAUAAAUAUUUGCCCAAUUUAGUCAACAGACAUACAUAUAGAUAAAAAAAAUUAACUAUGUACUUAUGUAGUAGCCUGGUUCUACUGUAUAUUUUUAUUAAAUGAAGUUGUAUUGCAGAAUCAGCAAAGCAAAUGUAUUUUCAUGACACGCAUUUGAAGCGAACAUAUCAAAACCGAAUACCGCAUACGAGAAUACGGAAAAUACGAAAUUAUCUAUAAAUUACCGAUACCGAUUACCAAUUACCGAUUACCAAUUAACGAUUACCAACUACCGAUUGGAUGUUAUCAGUGAGCGUAAAACCGUUGAACGUUUAGCCCCAAAAGCAAAGAAUUUCGAAAAUAACUAUAAAUUUGGAAGCUGGCAGAUAAACUAGGUACCGGUAGGUGUCUUGCAAAAUAUUCGCGAAUGAAAACAUAAACAUAAAUUAUAGCAAAAAAAAAAAGAAAAGAAAACUCGAGUUCUUAAGCUGUUUCAUCAUUUAUUAUUGACAAAUAUUUACAAGCGCAUUUAGGACGCAAAAUGUGAAGUAUAAUAUGCAAUUGAAGCCAUAAUACCAAUUAUAACAAAUCAAAUGCGAGAUGAAUACGAAAAAUACAAAAAAAAAAAAACAAAAAAAGAAAUCACACAAACUGAAUCUAAAUUAAGCAUGAAUAUUUUUUGCUGUGUCUUAGUCCAUGUGUCGUAACGAAUUUAUUGAACUAAAUAUUAUACAUUAUUAAAAUUAAAGAAAAAAAACACGAAAACCUUAACUAAAAAAUAUCUUAACAUUUUUUGUUUUAAACGAAUAGAAUGCAGGCAAUGAAA